AAUUCCUUGCGUAGGCUCCAUACAAACGAUUGUUCCGCUUUGAAGUCUAUGCAAUGUAGUGAAAAGUGUGUGAUCAGAGUAGGUUCAGGAAAAAAUCGAUAAUUGCUCGCGAUUUGUUGCUAAUUUUUUCCUACAAUCGAGAGGACAAAUGUGUGUUGGUGUGAAUUCACGUGAGCGUGAGAGCGAGAGAGCGAGCUGAAGCAAGUGAGAAUUGCUCGACUCAUUCUACACAAGAUGCAGGGUUACUGACUGUUUAGACGGUUUUUUAAACAUAUUUUUGAAGUUGAAAAGUGAGAUGUUUUUAAAAAAUGUAUUCAUGUUAUGUAUGUGGCGAAUAUUUCUUGGUUUCCCUGUGCUAAGCCAUGGGUAAGAUCAAUUCAUACAAAGUAUGGUUAAUUGUACCGCACUGCGUGAGUCUUGAUUCUGGCAUUAAAAGAAGUGUGGUUUGGAGCUGUAGCAAAUAGGCAGAUGUGCUAAAGAAUAAAUAUGAUUUCGAAGUGCUAAAGUUUCGUUCCAGUAUGCAUAGAAUUAUACCUAUAUUGACGUCAAGUGCGGGAAGAAUGGAAAAUCAUUCAGAAAAUCUGGAAACAAUGACGUACAACCCCUGUAAUGUCGCACACGCAGGCUCAUUUGGAGCUGAGAAAAACACUUGAUAAUGCUGCAUUACGACAUUCGAGCAGUUCGUUCGACGAGUACGCGUGGUGUCGUCGUCGCGUGAAGAUAUCGAUUUUCACCAUAAGAAGUUAGUUUUUCCACCGGAGCCCUUGUGUGGCGGCGAUUGUUAAAUACUGUGCACAGCAGUAGUGGAAUGAAAGUCGUGUAGGUGCAGGUGGUGAAAAGGUGCGAAAGAGUGUGAAGGUUUAAAAGUGGUGCUAACAGUAAAUGUUGGGGCUGUAGACGACGAGAGCGAAAAUCGCGAUCUGCAGAUCCUGGAGCUACGCUAUACUAUCCCUAUCCUAUGCCACAGCCCGUUCGACAGUCCCAAAAUACCGUUGUUCACCUCAUCAACCAAACGGGAAAAUAGAGUACGCGACUGUCGAUCGAUCGAAGACGGUCGGGAAAAAGGGGUGGUUCUCCGGUUUGUCUGGUGGUGUUAGGUGAACAAAGGAGUCGGUGGACGCGACGGGUUGUACGGGGUUUUUUUUUCUUCAGAAAUCCGGUAGAAGUAUAUUGGUUUCCACGCGCAAACAACGCAGACAGCCGAGGAAAUCUCGCUAGAGUAGAGGACAAACAGACGGACAUUCCGACACGCACACAUCCACACAACAUAUUUACACCCGUACAUACGCGUGUACAUACCCCUGCAGGAAGUGCGUAGAGGGAGCCACCGGCGAUAAGAAGCGGUCAAAAUGACGAAGGACAGAUUAGCAGCCCUGCAAGCGGCACAGAGCGAUGAUGAGGAUAUGCCCGAGGAUGUGGCUGUUCCGGUGGAGGGCAGCUUCAUGGAGGAUUUCUUCAAAGAGGUGGAAGAGAUACGGAUGAUGAUCGACAAAAUUCAGGCAAAUGUCGAAGAAGUGAAGAAGAAACACAGUGCCAUCCUGUCGGCUCCACAGUCAGAUGAGAAAACCAAACAGGAACUUGAAGACCUCAUGGCCGACAUUAAAAAAACUGCCAACAGAGUAAGAGGGAAGCUUAAGGGAAUCGAACAAAACAUUGAGCAGGAAGAGCAACAGAGCAAGUCGAAUGCUGAUCUAAGGAUACGAAAAACGCAACAUUCGGCCCUGUCGCGCAAGUUCGUCGAGGUCAUGACGGAGUACAACCGGACCCAGACCGACUACCGAGAGCGCUGCAAAGGAAGAAUACAACGACAACUGGAAAUUACGGGUAGAGCAACAACAAACGAAGAACUUGAGGAAAUGUUAGAGCAAGGAAAUUCGGCCGUCUUCACGCAGGGGAUCAUCAUGGAGACUCAGCAAGCCAAGCAAACUCUGGCCGAUAUCGAGGCUCGACAUGCAGAUAUUAUAAAAUUGGAAAAUUCAAUUAGGGAACUGCAUGACAUGUUCAUGGAUAUGGCUAUGUUGGUCGAAAGUCAGGGCGAAAUGGUGGACCGAAUUGAGUAUCAUGUGGAAAACAGUCGGGACUACGUUACAACGGGCCAACAAGAUUUGGUCCAAGCCGUCAAGUAUAUGGCCAAAGCCAGAAAGAAAAAAAUCUGGAUCGGUAUUUGUGUUCUUAUAGCGAUCAUUAUAUUAGUAGUAUUCUUGGCGAUCUACCUGUCGUAACUCCACAUAGCAAAACCAUCGUGCAAAAAUGAUAGUGCGAUUUUACAUCGGAGUGUUAAGUGCUCACAGUUGAAAAUUGAAAAAAAUCAUGAUAGCGGUUUGCCUCUUAAUAACGAUCAUCAUUCUGUUAAUCGUUUUCAUAGUGUAGUGUAGUAAAAAGCUGAAGCAAAUUGAACAAAAUCGUGAUCGUGAAUACAUUAGCGUAUCACGAGCAUUAUUAUUUAUGGUUAGAAUGUAACAGCUAUAUUUGCGACAAGUUGUUUACCGUGGGCAGACAACAAUAUUUUGCUUAACGUUCGAUACCUCGAGUUACCGAAUUGCGGAUUAUUAGAAGAACGUGGAUAAAUAAAUGCAAAUACUGUUUGAUUCAAGUAAACUAAACACAUCUCCACUAUGCUACGCUUCACGAUUGUUUCAAGUAUGAAAAUUUAGGAAUUGGGUAGGAAAAAAAUCAAAACAUACUUUACAUUAGACAUUUACGUGUACUAAAUGAAAGGCUUGAAAGCAUUAAAAAAUCGUAGAAGAAAUAUAACCUUCAAGAAAAAGGGAAAUCAUUUUCUUGUCUGCUGAAUAUGUGAAGCACAAAGAUGAAAGUAAUAUAAAUUGGCAUAGUGCAGUGCAGGCAAUUUGAAUGUAACUAUUUUAUUUAUUGCCACCAACCCAUGUCACUACUGAGUCAAUAAAGAAAAACAACUAACAAAUUGACAUUGACACAAGUCUGGUUGUAAGGCCCACUAGGUUGAAGUAAGGCGCGCAGAGUUGAUUUAAAUAAUUUUAUUCAUUUUAUUUGUUGAUAGUAUAAUGUUGGUUUAGUAUACUGCUAUUAAUAGUCGUGUGAUAUAUGUUGAACAAUAUAAUGCAUUUUGUUUGUAAGAAAAAAAUUAUUUCGCAUCUAUUGAAUUCAGAAAGGAAUAUAAACGCUUCUCUGGGAUAUUGAGGCGUCUUGUUGCUUGCAACAUUUGCGAAUGUUGUUGGGUUGUUAUCCAUGAUAUUCCGUGAAAGGAUAUUUCGCUUUUUCCGGUUCCAGAAUUGUGAAGCUCUUUACAAAUUAAAGCAAAUGGCAGCUUUAAUGGUCCAGAUUUCGUGUUCUUAAGGGGAUAUCGAAAAUUUAACUACGCAUAUCAAAUGUUUAUCUAUAACUGUAAUUUAAAACUAAUUGUAUGAAUGGUAUGAGUGAAAGUGUGCAUGAUCUCGAAUGGUAUCUUCGUACUGUACUACUAUACUGUAACUGUAUCAAUUUUAAAACGUAUUGCUCUUCUGUAUUUGUAGAAUUUUAUCUCUUCAUGUAUGUCUAUAACAAUUUCUUAAAAGCAGAAUACAAUUGUCUUUCAAAAUAAGUUAUUCAAAAAACGAAACAAAAAGCUAAAUUUGACAAUGACAAUGUUUCUCUUGAAUGCAUUUCCUACAAACACCGUUAUUUACAGUUGCAAGAAUUGCAAACAUGUUAUUGUUUCGUCUCCUUUUCGUUUCAAUGCAUGCGUUUCUUUAUACUGCAAAGCUUUAUAAUAUUAGUAGAGAAGCAAAUACGUGUUGAUUAUUACACUUUGAUGUUUUUUUUAAAUUCUGCAUAAUUUCAAUUUGCAAAUCACGUUUUCCGGAUCUAUUUAAUGUACCGUUUUGUGUGACUCUUUAUUUUUUUCAAUACAACAUAGUUUUUUACAUGUGUUACGUUUCAUAAAUAUUUCUAAUAUUUCAAUUUUUUUUACAAUGUAUGUACUUUGGGGGUAGAUAUUAUACAUAUGGUAGCCAGCAAUACUAUGUAUAUCACUAAAUUGAAACUGUUUCUCUCUCCCUACACCGAUCACCACCGACAAACACACAAAAUUACACACUGAACACCUCUAAUGACGUUUGCUGAUGUGUUGCACUUUCAUCUCUGCAGAAGAAGAUUAUGAUCCUGAUCUGUUUAACCGUGCUUGGGCUGAUUGUGGCAUCGUACGUUAGUAGCUACUUUAUGUAAAACAAACAAAGAGAUGAGAAUGAAGCGCGGAUUUCGUAUGACAGCGCACGCGAAAGUGGUUCUGCGGUUGGAUUCUGAAAAACAAAACAAAAAUGAAUGUUGAAACAUGCACACACACACACGGCGAACAACUGAAUCAUUCUGGAAGUGAAUCGUAGACCCGCGUGGUUUCUAAUGCAUUGCGUAUAACAGAAAACGACCAAAAACGCUUCAUCAAAGAAAAAAUAGAGGAGACUAAGAGCAGAUAAUUUCGUAGGUAAUGUUUUGUUUCUAAACGAUUAUCGAAAAUGAUGUGUUUGCCUACAAGAGAGAAAUUCAACCGGAAAAUUUGUUCAUUCUGUGCGAAGCAAAACAGCAAACAAAGGAGAGAACCACUCAAGUAUUCGCCCUACGGCAAUUCAUCAAUGCUAUUAAAACGAAGUUUGCGACGAACCGGCACUGUGUGUACCGCAAGAGAAAAGAAAUGACGCCUAUGAGGCAGCAUUACAAGUCUAAUUCUGAAAUCCAUACCACCAAUAUUUAUUUGUCUUUAGUUUGUUAUGCAUUCAACAGCUGCGAUCUACCGGCAAUGUUAGCGGCAGAAUAUAUUGAAGCAAUGUGUGGCAAUGGCAACAAACAAUUACAUUUUAGAUUCUCCUGUAACGAUGAUUACGGUGAACAAAUUUAGUUAAUCGAUCGCAGAAUGGAUUGUGCCAGGUGCAAAUAGCUGUAAAUGUACGAGCCACGACCGCGAACGAAAGGGGGUGCGCAAGCAAUUUUGCCAACAAUUAUGUGCGACUAUUGUCAAACAGAUUCCAGCUAAGGAUACAUCCGUUAAACGAGUUCACUUCAUUUCGAGCGCCGCCAAUAUUCUCCUGCUUCGUCAAACUGCUUACUUCUACAACGCGAGACGAAACAAACGCUUAGAUGCAAGAUACAAUGAUCAAUUUACAACACCACCAUUUCGCGUAAUCGAGAGUAUCGUUGCUAAUACACAAAAUUCCCGCCAGUAACCACUGCAAGAAGUGUCCAGUGCGGUGACUGUCGCCGGGCAGAAAUUAUCCGACGGUUAAUCUGUCAAGCCAAGACGUUAGAACGAAAAGCAAUCAAACAAACGCUGCAAUCAAAAUUAUUAAAAUAGAGGAACAAUUAAAUGCCCACGAGCACAGAGCAGCGGACCUGAAAUAGAGAUGCCACAAAGAAACCAAAACCAAGAUAGAAACAGUAUAACUCUUCAUGUGCUCUAGUUUUCUCAUAAUACUCACCUCAGCACAACAGUGUCUAUCUCUUUUGAAUAUUGUGUAAAUUGUCACAGGUGUCGUACCGCAGUGGUUGCUCGUGCCCCUGGGCAAUUAUUUGUGAAUGACCACACAACGUUACUAACAUGACACCAGAACCAAAAGUAAAAGCUCGAUAAUACGUGUUCAACAUGAUAAAAAACACCAUUACAGAAAUACACUGACCGGCGAAGCAAUCUGAUCAGAAGACAAUUAAGAUACAACUUGUUGGUCAAUCGUAUCCAUCGGACAUGCCUUGAAAUGGUAACGUAGACCCUCCUCUCUCUGCUUCCCAGAAUGAUUGAGCAAUGGAGCAUCGUAAUAUCAAGAAAUCCGGCCCAAGGAUCCCAUCUGUCGUGCAUUUACAUCGGAAAGCAGCAAUUCGAGUGCCCUCGAGCUGCGCUGUGCAGCAUCUUUAAUUUUACGUUCUGGCAUUUAUCAAACAAUGUGUAUUAUUAAGCCGAUCUACGAGGUUACGAGAAAGAUCGAGCGUGCUAAACAAUUGCUAAAACCACAAGAAUUAAGAUCAAGAGUACGACGGUGUGCAAAAUUGGUUCUCUGCAAGCAUGGCGAGAUUAUGUGGUGGAAGGAGAUGGAAUACAUUUAAUAUGACGACAAUGGCAAUAAAUGUGAACGUAGAUAAGUACAUGAAGAAUGGCCAGCUACCAAACAAAAAAACCAUCCGCGCGUAUUUCGGUGCCAGAAAUGUAUUCAUGCUUUUACAUGAUGAUGAAAAGAGGGGCGAUAAACACAUUAUCCCAAUGUUAGUUUGAUGUUUUGGUUUCGUGUUCAGUCGGGAAUGGCAUCAUCGCGUGUGUAACGGCCGGGGCUGUAUAGUGUGAGGCUAGAAGAACGAUGUGUAUGUAUCUUUGCAUAUCCCGGCUCAGCUCUCUGGUGCAAUGGCACGGUUUAUUUUGUUCUCGAUCUUAAGACAAAAUACAACUGUCGGGAAAACAGCAAUUGAACGCCAUUAACGUAAAUUGUUCAAGAAAAAUGUGUGAUAAUAAUUAAUUCGAUAAAGGUCGCUCGACAAACACACGUACACGCAACACACAUAUACACUGCUACUUACCCCCAAAUCGAGUAAAACUGAUUAGGAUGAGUGGAGCAGAAAAUCUAAUCACUAAGAUACAAAUACAAAAAAAGGACUACCUAAGAGAACAAAUAGUAUAUUUUAGAGUAGGCGAUAAAUCUAUACAGGCACGCGAUAUGUACAUGAUGUGAGGUGAAGGUAAAGGUUAACCUGCACGACGAUAUCCUUAACACACAGAAUCAGAAAUCAGAACACAUGCGCCGACAAUUCAGUGCGCGCCAGGGCGAACUCGGAGUGAUCGCUAAAUGCGGUAAAUCUUCACCCUUUAGUUGACGAGUCUCCACCCAACCGAAGAUGAGAAAUGGGGGUGAUCACUUCCGGGACAGGGUGUGGUAGGCAGGUAGGCAGACAGGCAGCAUUCGUUUAUAGUUGACAUUCGUUUCAUCCACCAGAACAAACUGUGCAUUUUGUGUGCAAUUAUGCGCUUCCAGAUAUAACAACACUCUAUCACUUUUGACAUGUGCACAUGAGAAUAGUCAAUUUUUAUCCUAUACUACUACUAUCUUACUACGUGGGAUGCCGCGUCCAAGCAGCGUCCAGAAACGGUCUGAGUUGUUGUUUAGCAGUUAUGUUUUGUUUUCCCUUGUGGCUGCGGGGGGGUAAAAAUGGUUAAGAGUGUCAAAGUUUUACGUGCAAGCAUUUUUCUUGGAAUGCAUGACUGUUUCGUGCAGACCUCUCGCGCCUUUGCGUUGCUUAGUUUUGCACAACACAACACAAUGCGCUUGUAAGCAUAUUGUUUUCAAACGGUACAGAUAGAUGGAAAUCAGAAGAUAAGAAUUGAAUACUGCCCAAUGAUGCAAACUCUAAAGAACAAACUAUUUACAUCUCUUUCAUCAAUACGCAAUGCAUAAGCGAUAAGGACUCAUGUACACGCUAACAAACACUGGCAGUUGCAUUUUAGUCACGCGAAGCAUUGCAAAUUCUUCAAAACUACAUGAAUGAUUGUCGGAAUCAGGUUGGGAAAUGUUGCACAUUGUUUGUAGACGAGAGCCCUGUAGUGAUGUUACAUUUUACCACUUCAUGUGUUUAACGUAUGCGUUUGCUGCUAGCGUACUGCACAGUACUUAAAUGUUGUAUCUGUUGAUUUUUGGUUUACGUUUCACAAUAGCAGAAGCUACUAGACACGUUUGAUACGCCUUCGUCUACAGGCGUGCGGCUAUCGAAUGAGGCUUACUCUAUGCCAUGAAGAGUUGCUCGUUGGCAAGGCAAGUGUGGAUAUGAUCGAAGAAAAAAAACACGAAACGAUAGGGAAAACGAUACUGUUACGUCAAUUGUUAUGCAGCAUGCAUGGGAGCAAAAGAAAAAAUUAUGUUCGUGAUCAUUGAAGUAUGGUGUGUAGCAGCUACUCUUUAUGGACGUUAGAUAGUUGUUUUUCAACUUUGCAUUGCUAAUAUGAAAGUAUGGUAGAACAAUUUGCGUUGAGUUUGAAACGAUGCGUUUCGGUUAAUCUAACAUUUUUGUUUUCUGUAUAAUUUGUUAUACCUAUUACUGAAAGGGCUGAACAGUGUGUGGCCAUAGUGAAAUGGUACAGAAAUGGAACAAACGAAAUAAACAAAAACCAAAAAAAAAAAUGGAAAACAAACCGCUGUAAUCAGACUUGUGAGUUAGGACGAAUUGGAAGGCAUAAUAUUUAAGCAAAUAAUUAGUUAAACAAUAAUGUAUUUGAAAAAAAAAGAAAGAAAAAGAGAGCAUAAACGGUAGUAUAGUGGUAAAGAAAAGUCCGUUACAAGUCAAUGGUCGGAAAGGCAAACAGUAACAAACGUUUACGUGAAAAUCAUUACAUUGCAGUGAGAUAACUUAGAUGGCCACAGGAGCACAGGUGAAGCAGUGGGAAAACAAUGUAGAGUAAUCAAAACACAAUUUUAAGGCGACAGCUAGUAUAAUGUUCGCUAGAUUUGGAGUUGCAUCUCUUGAAUUAAUUCGAACCCGAAUUGGCAAAACUAGUAGCAUGUUGCAGAACUCAGACCAGCACACCAGUGUCUCCGCAGGAUUACCUGUCUGCAAUAAAAAGGUUGAAAGAUUCAGCGCAGCAUGCGGCAAGCGGAUGUAUGUCUGACAAAAAAAAAAGAUAAGUUUGCUGGCUGAUAGUUAUUAUCAUAAGGAAAGUACACAUAGCAUCUUAAAAACGAAAAUGCGAAAAACACAAAAAUAUAGCCUAUUCACUUAAAUAGUUAUUUAAUGCAAACUAUAUAUAUAUAUAUACAUAUACCUACAGAAGAAGCGUCGAUCAUCAUUUGAUGAAAGCCGAACGAGAAAAGGAGACGGAGUAACAUUGAGGCAGCAGCUAGGGCGUGAAAUGAAUAACAAUUGUCACAACGUAUCAGAUGAAAAGAUCGACCACCUGACUCUCACACAACUCUUACACAGCAGCAUAUUACCUAAGGUAAGAUUAGACACGAGGCCACCACAGUUGGAAAUCGGACAAGAAGAAGUUGAUGCAUGAUAAUCGCGAUAAAUUCCAAACCAUAUUAUACAGACGCACGUCCGAACAAAAGCGCAUAACAGAAAGGAAUGCUGUAGUGAAACGCAAAAAAAAACAAACGAAUAAUUGGGAAUAGUGAUCAAAACGUCAACAAAACGCAUCAUUGUGCCGGUUUGCGAUAAUUCUAACAAAUAUCGAACCGAAAAAACGGGAACCAACUGGCUAAAGAAGAUUCUGCACCCUGUUGUACAGUAUAUAUUUUUCUCUCUAUUUCUCUUGUAUCAAUUAACAAACCAACAAUGGGCGACUCAAGAACUGUACGCUGAUGUACAAAAAAAAAACGGAAUAAAAACGAUAGUAAUCAAUCUUAUUUAGAGAGAUAAAGAAGAAAUAAAACGAAAACAACAAACAACAAGAAGAAAGCAUCAACAACAUUAAAAGUGAGGCAACAACUCAAUGCAAAUAUUUGUGUAUGGAGCUCGUGUAGGAAGUAGUAUUCGCUAAAAAAGAGACAGAGAGAACAAGGACGGGACUGACAAACUAGAGCAAGUCGGACCCAGAUGAUAAAGGAACUAUACACGUGCACUAGGAAAUUGUAACGGCGACAUUUUGAUGCUGACAGUCCAAAUCUGUUGUUUGGUUCAUUGCGAGGCAUUGCGAGGACGGUGAUGGAAUAUGUGGUAUUAUUUUCGUCGCAAAACCUGUUGCACAAAAUUUCCAUUUCGUUCAUACGCGAUCACUCUGAUCGUCGAUCGCUGAGUUUAUCGCAAGUGGGAAACGUUAAAAUGCAUAAUAUAAACACGCUAAGUGCUACUGCUGCUAUGCGCCGUGCAAGCUAUUGUUUACGCUGCGCUGGCCGUUUGCUAUAAAAAUGCCAUGCAAAAGAGAAUACACUUUCUCCGAACUUGUUGAAUAUGUGACCCGUGCUUAAACUGUACUGAAAGUGAGUUAAAAAGGGCAGAAACCCUAAAGUGAAUGUGAGCCACAAGAGCCGCCAUCGUAACACGGGCGCAAAACCGACUUAUCACACAAGUUCUCGUGAAGCAAGUGAACCAGUGAUACAAGGAUAGAUACAUUGAGUUCAAAAAUUCCCAUUUCGCCUAGACAAAUAAACUUGUUGUUCAUUCCAUACUGUCUAAAUACAAGCAAUUGAUUUUACUUUGAAAUCUUGAUGUUGAUACUUGAUUAAAACAAGUGAGUAAAAUGAAUGCAGCCAUAAAAUGGAAAGGGAAAUAGUGUAGGAGGAGCAAAAAUGCGCUUGAUUCUAUUAUGGUUCUGUCCGUAAGGAACGGCUAUUACAGCAAACACAAAUGAACUCAAUCAGAUCCAUACACCAAACAAACGAUGCUAUUAAUUCCAAAACAAACAAAACAAACAAACAAAACAUACCACAGACGUACACAUUCCAGUGCAGAGAGAACCAUCGCACACAUAGAGAUUUUCCUCACGCGUACAAAAACCAUGUGCAAAAGGAAGUAAAAAGAAACAGGACACCGGAAUAGGACACAAAGACACAAAGUAGCGAUGUAAAGUAAUAAGACAACACAUUUCGAAAACAGCGUAAAAGCAAACGAAACAUAUACAAAACAAAAGGAAGAUCGAGCAAGUGAAUAGCGCAGAAGACGUAAAACAAAACAAAACAAAACAAACAAACAAACAAAAAAAAAACAUGUAAAUUGUUGCAUUUAAUCAUAAGUCCAUUUUGAAGUUAUUGCGAAGUUAAAUGAAAGUAAAACAGAAACAAAAGAGAGCAAAGUAACUCCUCUCUUCAGUAACUAGACGUUCAGUGCUAUGAAAACUAUGAAUAUGAAACAGACACAUUCACAACAAGCAAAAACACUCGCAAAACACGCCACGCCACACAAUGUUAUGCGUAAAGAAAACAAACAAAACCAAGCACAGAAUAUCAUUAUCUCCUUCGCUGUCGUCAUUACCACUCUUCAGGAACCGCAAAUCCGCAAGCUGUACAAUAAUCUACACAGAGUAGUCAAUAUGUUUGGCGGUUUUUUAGUCAAAUCGCUCACCUCCAUUAUGUUAUGUGUGCUGUUAAUAUGAUGCGUGACACGUAUUGCUGGCGUACUGCUAGGUACUGUUGUUGGCAGGAUUUGUUUUCAGAAGCUAUUGAUCAAUGAUUAUGCGAUGGUAAAAUGUUAGGCAAUUGCGCAAAUUUUACGUUCGUCCAGGAACUGUUUCCCCUUUUGACACGUGCAAAUGCCGGGUACGGGGUUUCACGUACCCUCUCCGUUUCGAUGGUGUAUAAAAUACGAAUACGAACAAUUAGUCGGCACAUGACGAGGCUAAGGACGAAAAGCAAGGAGAGAUAAGGGAUAAACUGCAACCUACACUACCUAACCACAUGAGAAACUAAAUACAACACUCACACGAGAACACACACGUGUACACGAUACAAAAUCAAGUGAUGGCUUUCGAAAUUAUAUAAGGAAGAUCUUAAAAAUAAACACAAGUUGAUAAAAGCUAACUAUUAAUCGCCUUUUGCAUUUAUUAUUCAUUCGCUGAUGAUUAAUGUUGAGAGAAAUUACAAAAAAAACAAGGAAAAACUUCAUGCAAAGAAGAAAAUGGACAAAUCAAACAUGAAUAGUUUUGCAACAACAUAAAAAAGGGAUGAACAGAUGAAACAACGCAGAAGCCCAUUAUUUUUAACGAUUGAUGCAACAUUUUCUUUCUUUAGCUCUGCAACUGCAUGUUUCUUAUCAUAUUUGUUAGUGUAGCAUUGAAGUGGCACAUGGUACGGUUGAAACUGUUCCAUUAAACAGUUCUGAACCCUUGGCCAACCGUGUGUAUCGAUCAGCUAUGGCUUAUGUUUUCUGACAGUCUUCUCGUGCCAUAUUGUUGAAGCUAGGCAAUUCCAUGCUUAUACCUUAAAUUGCUUGUAUAAAACUUCAAUGAAACGGUCCGGAUCUAUCGUACGGAUCUAUAUCUAUUAUCAUCGUGAUUUGCAGUGGUACAGAUGUUCCCCAACUUACCGUUUUACCUUUGUUUAGUGUGUCUUGUUGCAAUAUCUGCAUUUAGUAUGCAUUUAGGAUGCAAAAAGAAUGGAAGAAAACCCUCUUUUAUUCGAAUCCCACCGUUGUUACUAUUAACCGAAUGAAAUAGGAAAAGCACAAUACUGCGAUAUGCAAACACGUCUUCAAGCAACACCAAUAUAUAGAUUGCUGUCCCUAUUGGGUCCUGUCAUCAUCUCAUUCCGUUUGUUAACCACUCAAUUAAACUGUUUAACCACUGUCCUUGGUUUUUCAAUUGCAUUUUCCCCGCAACUCAUUUCUCUGUCUCUCUAAUUCUCAUUUACUAUCUCCCGAUCUCAUUAUUUUGAAGAAAAACAAACACAGAUUUCGUUGUUUAACUAAAGCACCAACGGAAAACAAUCUGAUUUGAAAUAAUUAUAUUUAUAAUUGUAAGGCACGUUUAUCAGUAACAUCCUGUGCAAAGCAGGAAAGUUCUAGUCAAUUCUGUUUGCAAAUGCAAAAAAUGGUGGGUAUCCAAACGUUGGCGUAUGAUCGUCACAACGAACUACACUAGCCACACAUCCACCAAGCAUUAAAGGCGCAAGUAUAGCAAAACGAAAACGAAAACAAACAAAAAAAAAGAAACAAAUAGCGUUUGCCGAGGACACUAGUAGGACCGUUAAACAACUUUCACCUCUUUACACACCAAUUAACAUCGUACAUUUCAGGAUAGCGCAUAGUAGUGGAGAUGCAAAGGAGUUGGACACAAGCUAACAUAGCUAUAGAAUAUAUAUAUAUGGGAUGCAUUUUCUGUUUGCAGCAAGUGCUGACACUAGCGCAACGACAAGUGAAACGCAUUUAAAUUGAACAAAUAGAGUAUCGUAGCCCUACAGCACAUAAAAACGAAUCAAACACACGUAAUACAAUAGUAGGGUUCUUCAAAAAAACAAAACAAAACAAAACAAAACAAAAAAAUCGCAAACAUGGAAGAUACCCAUCGGACACAGUUAAAGUGUAGAGUAGGAAAAACAACAUAUACAUACAUAUAUAUAGAUAUAUAUACAUACAUGCAUAUAUAAAUGCGCAAACGAGCAGCACCUUCUUACAGUAUGUCCUGGGUUUGAGCACAAUCGAUAAAAUCGGAAACAGGAUCGAAGAUCGUGUCGAACAUACUUCACACGCUAGUUGAUCGGUGAGAGAGUAUGAAGGAAGAAAGAGAGAUAGAGAAAGUAGCGUAAAAAUAAGCGAAUAAGGGAAGCUAGAUGGGUUGAAUGAAUUCACCAAUGAAGUCCCACACAAUGGGAGAUGAUGGCGCAGCAAACAAAUGUGAAUAUCAUAAAAUAAUAUACACGCUUGUUAACUGAUACGCCACAAUAGAAAAACACAUUGAGUCAAAGAACAAGACUAAUAAACUGGACAAAUCGAACAGCAA